AAUUCCAAACCCUGGAAUUAAUCUUUAUCCCUUUUUACACUCAACCAAUGGCCUUUAAAGCUAUGAAUUCACAAGCGGCACCAUCUGCACCGCCGAUGCCGGCGGCACUCAGGUAUGAGGAGGUUGACGCUAACAGGACUAAAGGGAAGCGCUCAAAGCGUUCAGGUAACGUGGCCAAUCAUACGGAUGAUGAUGAUGAAGUCUUGGCUUUCAGCCUCAUGAUGCUCUCUCGGGGCGCCUCCUGCACCGACGGUGCCACCAAUCGCCCCACCGUUGAAACGAAAAAUGAUAAUAAGCCUGUUCCCAUAACCUCCAAACAUACAACGGCGGAGAAAAUACACACUGAUGAGAAGAAAACAAUAAAUUUGUCUUCGUCGCCGUCGACUGGGGUGGUGGAGGUGCAGCCUCAGAAUCCUUUCAAGUGCAGUGUUUGUAACAAGGCUUUUCCGUCAUAUCAAGCACUAGGAGGCCACAAAGCCAGCCAUGGAAUUAAGUACUCCUCUACCACCGCUACUGCAUCAAAAGACGGUCACCUUUCGCCGUCAACCUCCGCCAUCACCGCCUCUAAUACCACUUCCCUUAAGCUAACAGUUAAACUUCACAAGUGCACCAUCUGCCACAAAGUUUUCCCCACUGGACAGGCUUUGGGUGGCCACAAGCGUCGCCACUAUGAAGGCGUAAUUGGAGGCGGUAACAAGAGCAGCAUAACCUCCUCCGAAGGCGCAGCCUCCCGCAGCCAAAGCCAAAGCUGCGGUCAUGGCCACGGCCACACCGUCCGUGACUUUGACCUGAACUUGCCGGCGUCGCCUGAAAUUGGCCUGGAUUUGAUCCCUUACCGGCCGGAGGAAAAGACUCAAUUAAUUAUUUCCGAACAAGAACAAGAAGUAGAAAGUCCCCUGCCCGUGUCUGUGAAUAAAUCGCGUUUGUUUCAUUGAAGAAUUUCUUAGAAAAUUGAUUAGUACAGAAUUACUGGUUUAUUUUAUUUUAUUAUUUUUUUAUUUAGAAAUAGGGUAGUUAUAUUAUCAUCACAAUUUUUAUUUGUUACACUA